CCAGCAGGACACUGACAUAUCGCAGAAAGUACAGUGAGGAGCAAGACAAGAAAUCAAGGAGCUGGAGAACUGGACUCAGGAGAAAAGAGUCUAAAAGGUGGUAAAUGUGUUGAAUUUAAAUGACAACCAAGAGUUGUGCUUGAUAAUGGUCUUCAGGGACAACAUCUGCUGCAAGCCGAAUCCGGAGAGCAAAAUGCUGGAGAAAAUUAAGAAAGCGCUCACGAUCAGAAACAGAACUGUCAGGGAGGCGCUGGCUGAGGCCUUGGGGACAUUCCUCCUGAUGUUCUUUGGUAUAGGUGGCGUUGCUCAGGUGAUAUUAGGAAAAGGAGAAUUUGGGAAGUAUCUGAGCAUCAACUUGGCAUUUGGAAUUGGCGUGACUAUGGGGAUUCAUGCAGCCGGCGGCAUCUCUGGAGCUCAUAUGAAUGCCUCAAUAAGCUUCACACACUGUGUCUUAGGAAAUCUUCCCUGGAGAAAGCUGCCAGCUUACAUAAUUGGCCAGUUCCUGGGCUCCUUCUUGGCAGCAUCCUUUGUGUUCUGCAUGUACUAUGAUGCACUGUGUGAAUAUUCGGACGGACGCUACAUUGUGACGGGACCUAAUGGCACAGCUGGGAUCUUCGCCACCUACCCUGCUCCGUAUAUGACUCUGCUGGGAGGAUUUGUAAAUGAGUUCCUGGCCACAACGGUGCUCAUGCUGGGCAUUCUUGCCAUCUAUGACAAGAAGAAUAAUGGAGCCCUAGAGGGCACUCAGCCUGUGAUCACUGGGCUCCUGGUGUUAGCGAUCGGCAUGUCAAUGGGAAUAAACACUGGAUAUGCAAUAAACCCCUCCAGGGACCUGCCUCCAAGGAUCUUUACUGCAAUAGCAGGCUGGGGAAUUGAAGUCUUUAGGGCUGGAGAUUACUGGUGGUGGGUCCCAAUUGUAGCUCCAACACUGGGAAGUCUUGCUGGUGCCUUAUCCUACAAACUCCUAAUUGACUUUCACAAUCAGUCUGCCCUGGAAGGCGGAGAUGAGAAAAGAAAGGACGAUUUGCAGACUAACCAUGUGUGAUGUCCAAGUGUUGCUAGGACAAAGCUGGAAAGGAAAGUUCGAUCAGCCACAUGACUUCAUCACUGGAUCAAGUGUUCAACCCUGCCUUCACUGAGCUUUUGUUUUCACACCACUAAUUAAAUAACACUCAAUAACUCAGUGGA